AUGGACGACAAAUUUUCAGUGAAACCAAAACCACCAUCAAAAAAUGCAAUUAUGACUUUGUUGUCGUAUUUAAUAAUCCAUCAUCAACUGCUCCUCUUUCUAAUGGUUCCUGUUGGAAUUCGAGGGGAGUACAGUAUGCGAUCGGAGCAGGAGAUUCUGAAUACGUUGCUCAAAAACUAUGAUAUGCGGGUGAGACCUCCUCCAGUCAACACAUCGACCGAGGGAGCUGUCAAUGUUCGAGUCAAUAUUAUGAUUCGAAUGCUAUCCAAAAUUGAUGUUGUUAAUAUGGAAUACUCAAUUCAGUUAACAUUCCGUGAGGAAUGGACGGACCCUCGAUUAGCUUAUGAACACUUGGGAUUCUACAAUCCACCGGCAUUUCUAACAGUACCUCAUGUCAAGAAGAGUCUAUGGAUUCCUGACACUUUCUUCCCGACGGAAAAAGCGGCCCAUCGUCAUUUGAUAGACAUGGAGAACAUGUUUCUAAGGAUACACCCAGAUGGAAAAGUCCUCUACAGUUCUCGUAUCAGUUUGACGUCUUCGUGCCCAAUGCGUCUACAAUUAUAUCCUCUAGACUAUCAAUCUUGUAAUUUUGACAUGGUCAGCUAUGCACACACUAUGAAUGACAUUAUGUACGAAUGGGAUCCGGUGAAGCCGGUGCAAGUGAAACCUGGCGUCGGAUCGGAUCUUCCGAAUUUCGUUCUGGAGAAUAUCACAACGAAUACGGACUGUACAAGUCAUACAAAUACAGGAUCCUAUGGUUGUCUCCGAAUGAAUCUUCUUCUCAAAAGACAAUUCAGUUACUAUCUAGUCCAGUUGUAUGCUCCUACCACAAUGAUCGUCAUCGUCUCAUGGGUAUCAUUUUGGAUUGAUCUACAUUCGACGGCGGGAAGAGUGGCUCUAGGAGUAACUACAUUGCUCACCAUGACAACUAUGCAAUCCGCAAUAAACGCAAAACUACCUCCAGUCAGUUAUGUAAAAGUCGUCGAUGUUUGGUUGGGAGCGUGCCAAGCAUUUGUAUUCGGCGCCUUGUUGGAAUACGCGUUUGUUAGUUAUCAGGAUAGUGCUCGGCAGAACGAUAGGGCAAGGGAAAAAGCGGCUAGGAAAGCUCAAAGAAGGAGGGAAAAGCUGGAAAUGGUGGAUGCGGAAGUUUAUCAGCCACCAUGUACCUGUCAUACUUUCGAGGCACGAGAAACAUUCCGCGACAAGCUGCGUCGCUACUUUACCAAACCCGACUAUCUACCCGCGAAAAUCGAUUUCUAUGCUCGAUUCGUGGUCCCGCUUGCCUUUCUUGCAUUCAAUAUCAUCUACUGGGUAUCCUGUCUCAUCAUGUCUGCCAAUGCUUCCACUCCAGAGUCUCUCGUUUAG